AUGGCAGUCUCUCCUAAAAACACUAUUUUUGGCCGGGACAUACGUCACCUACUUGGAGGUCCUGGUUCUAUUUCGAAGUUUCCUAGACAACCUCUUAGAAGCAGACCCGUACCCUUAUUCUUCUAUAAUACAGAACCAAUGCGACCGCCAUUUCCGAUUAAUCCAACAGGGCGACUCGCCCUAUUCCGCUCUUCUAGAGCACAAAAAGUCAAAAAAUACUCGUGCAGCAGUUUAAAAGAACACAGUAGAAGGUCUAUGUCAAGAAUAAGAUAUCCGACGCGGCACAACUAUAGAGGCAUGUUUAACAGAGCAUCACGUUCUGCGCCGCACGCAACAUUACUAAACGGGGUAAUCUUACGCACAACGAAACCAGGUCUUCUGCGACUUAAUGGUUUCAUGGGUAUCCUCUACACUGGCUCCCUCAAGUCAGCCAAUCGCUUUGGUGUCGGCAACCGUAUGUUUCCAAGGCCGUAUAAUAUGGCAACGCAAGAAGCCGCAACGCCAUUUUCACAGCCCUAUUACACUGGACGUACCUCACCUUACAAGUCGCCGUACUACAAUACCUUUAAUAGCCCAUCACGUAUACCUGAUUUACUUCUCAACCCACCUUAUCAGUCACCAUUAUUGUAUAGAUAUCUACCGAUGCAGCGUUCACUUUACGACCUAUUGCCUUACAGUCAGCCAAUAAACUCACCAUUCAUGGGGAACGAUUAUAAUUUCCCAAGUAGAUUUCAAAAUUCCUACGGUUUACUCCAGCCAAGUCCCUUUAAUGCAGGUUUUCUACAUAACAAGUUCAUGCAGCAGAGUGGAUUUGGAUAUCCAAAUAAGUUUGGUGCGUCACCAUUUGGUUACAGAUGA